ACAAAAAUUUCUCAGUAGAUAGACACGAAACACGGAGGUAAUCAAUGUAAUGAGACCACAGUGAACAAAGCACAAGAACAUAAAAAAAAAAAGCAGAACAAAAAAACCCUAAACCCCAGAUCUGCUUCUUUCUUUUGCAUUUCACUGUACAGCUUCUGGGUUUUGUUUUGGGUGUUCUUCGUUUGCCAAUUUACUUCCAUUUGUUUCCUUCCUCCAUUUUUUUUUUAAAAUUUUUGGCUACCCAUUUUCGUUUUUGUCCUGGAUUCUUGAAAAAAUCGGAUCUUUCUCGAAGAGUUAUUCAAAUUCCUGAAAAAGAAUCGAUCUUUGUUUUUGGGUGUACACGAAGCAGGAGUAUCUGUACUAACAGAGGAACCAAAAACAGGUGGAGAAUGGGUUUGAAUCUGAACCCUAUCCUCAGACAAGAACUGGCUAAUCUUGACAAAGACGCCGAUAGUCGUAAAUCAGCAUUGAAAGCUCUUAAAUCUUAUGUGAAGGAUUUGGAUUCAAAGGCCAUACCGGCUUUUCUUGCUCAAGUUUCCGAGACUAAAGAAGCCAGUUCUCUGUCUGGCGAGUACACCAUUUCGCUCUACGAAAUUCUUGCUCGGGUUCAUGGACCGAACAUCGUACCUCAGAUCGAUACCAUCAUGACAACCAUUGUGAAAACCCUGGCAUCUAGUGCGGGUUCGUUCCCUCUUCAACAAGCUUGUUCGAAAGUUGUUCCCGCCAUUGCUCGGUACGGGAUUGAUCCGACAACUCCUGAAGACAAGAAACGGCAUAUCAUUCAUUCGUUGUGCGUACCCCUUUUGAAUUCUCUCUUGGGUUCUCAAGAGAGCCUCACUUCAGGUUCUGCAUUAUGUCUGAAGGCUCUCGUGGAUUCUGACAACUGGCGAUUUGCUUCGGAUGAGAUGGUGAACAAGGUUUGUCAGAACGUGGCAAUCGCCUUGGAAGUCAAUUCCAACCAGACCCAUCUUCAAAUGGGUUUGGUCAUGGCUUUAGCAAAGCAUAAUCCACUGAUUGUUGAAGCCUAUGCGAGGUUGCUGAUACAUUCGGGACUUAGAAUCUUAGAAUUCGGUGUUUCGGAAGGAAACUCGCAGAAACGGUUAUCGGCUGUUCAAAUGUUGAACUUUCUGAUGAAGUGUUUGGAUCCAAGAAGCAUAUAUUCGGAAGUUGAGUUCAUCAUCAAAGAAAUGGAGAAGUGUCAAUCUGAUCAAAUGGCUUAUGUCAGAGGAGCUGCUUACGAGACAAUGAUGACUGCGAAAAAAAUAGCCGGAGAGUUAGAGGUAAAGCUCGAGAAGGGCUGUCGUUCGGUUACUGGUUCAAAUUUCAGCAGAAGAAACGGUAACCGAUCGAAGAACAAUGCAUCAAAUGCCAAUGGUCAUUCUCCUAUCUCCAUGUCACCUGAAUCACAAACCGUCGAUUCAUUCAGUGGAUACGAUUCCCUGCUUGACUCACCUCCUCAUUCGAUGUCUCAUACUUCUUAUAACUCUGAGUUUGACCGGCGAAGUGUCAGCCGGAAACUUUGGAGGCACGAGAAUGGAGGGGUCGAUAUCUCUCUAAAGGACGGCCUUUUCUCAGGGAUGACUCAGCAAAGCACCACUGUAUCAGAUUCACCUCUUGUCCCAUACAAUCUUUCUAGCAGUGGAGGAGACUGCAAUGAUGAAUUCGAAGGGUUUCUGUUUGAAAAUAUGCGAGACCGGCAGCUGAGAAGCGGCACUCCUAGUCCCCAGAAACAACGUUGUCGCAUCAAUGUUGAGGAUAUCGACAUCUUCAGCACCCCACGGAGGCUGAUCCGUUCCCUUCAAGACCCCGAUGGCGUCAACUCGGACCACUCAGACAAACAAAAUCCGAGAUUAAGAAGUUCAGCGGCAAGAAACCCACCUUGCCAGAACGGUUUCUUGCAAAACUUGGCUGACAAAAACGUCGAAGAGAACGGAGAUUCGCACCCAAAACACCGAAAACAAGAUCAAAGCAACUCAGAAUCAGUGUCAUCAACCGACGAAGCUCCUCUCGUCACAUUUCCUCAAGGAAGACCUCGUGCCCUGAAGACGAUGAUUGGUAAGAACAAGACAGGAUACAUCUCCAGGUUCGUCCUCAUGGUGUCAUCAUCGUUCGUGCUCGUAGCCAUCCUCGCUGUGUCCCUGAUGUUACUUAACGAGCGGGAAGACAUCCGUUGCUACCCUGUCCCGACAUGAUUCAUCAUCAGUUCUUGCUGUUAUGAGUCAGUUUUAGUGUUGAAGUAGCUUCUGUUUGUUUUUGUGUUUCAAGUGGCAGAAAGAACAACGUUUAUGGCUGGAUGCUAUUAUCGAUCUUCCUAUAUGUAGAAACAGUUCUUCUCUUUU